AUGGGCGUCCAACGCGGUCCCCACCACCACUCCUGUCCGCCAGUCGCUGCAUCUACUGCCUCCAUUGCUGAGAAGGAAAGGGAGCUAGAUCUUCUAGAUGUGGAGAUUCGUCGGACAGAGUCCAUUUUGCGGCAAGUCCAAGACCGCAAGCUCGCUCAAAUCCGACUUUGGACGCGUACGAAGGAAUCCUUUCUCCGUCAGCAUGGGGAAGACCAUGUGUUACGGGAAAGGAGGGAUCGAGAAAGGGUGAAAAACGCAGUGAAGAUUCAGAAGGCGGUUCGUGGCUAUUUUGUGCGGAAGCACCUGAAGUUGAUUAAGGGUAGGUUAAAGGUGCUUUUCUUACCGCUUUUUAUGCCUCUCCUAAGGGAGAAAGGCACAACAAGCGGCGUAAGCGAGCACCAAAAACCUACCUCUAAGUUGACACUGCUUCCGUGGUAUGCCGAAGAACAAACACGGCUCUUGAGGUUGGACAAGGAGGUCCUGUUACAAGCUCAGCUGCUGCGAUUGCGGCAAGAGUGCCAUGUCUUGCUAUUUGGAGAAGGAGCAUCGGAGGCUCGCGUAGCAGCAGCUCGUAAGAUUCAAGCGACUUGGCGUGGAGGAGUGAUCAGGCGGAAGAUUUGGGUCUGGAAGCGGUUGUUUUUCAUUAGGCGGCAAGAAGAAAAUGAGGUCGAAGCGGCGACGAUUAUCAGUACAAACUGGAAACGACACAAAGCGAUUACUUUAUGGUAAUGGUUCAUCUUGAGGUGGUCGUGGUCAUGAUGAUAUCUCUACCUGCACCAAAAAUACUACAGAACAGCACUCAAGAGCAGCAGAAAAUGUAAUUACACCUAUUCCAAUUAUUACCUAAGUUGACUCCAGCACCCGUCCUGCGUGGGUGUUUUCUUUCGUCCCAUCCACCCUUCAUCCUCCGAGUUGCAUCGUCUACGGCGUCAUCAUGGAGCUGCUAUCAGCUUACAGCGCUUUUACAGAGCGAGGUUGGGCAUCCGCAGACAGCAAGAGUUGUGGACAAAAGGGCUUUCCUCAGUUUUGGCGCACUUGAGACGACAGAAACAGCAGGAAUUGGAUUUAAGGCAAGACAAGGGUCUGGUCAGAUCGUUUGGAUGCACAGUAGUUGAAAUCAUGCACAUCAGCAUCAAGUACUACAUCGAGUACAACAGGAUCAAGUACUUCCACUGGUAUAAUCCUCGUAAAAGGUCUGGGUCGUUUCGCAAGCUGCUCUAAUACCUGGAAAUGUCGACAACCAACUCGUAUCAAGCACCUCCACAUCCGCUAGAUACAGCGGUGCUGGAGGAACGAACUCCAAAUCCAUUUGGGAGGAGGCUGAAGAAGUGCGUGACAUGAUCGUUCCAGAGCGCGGUGCCGAACAAGUCUGGCAUGCACUGCUGGAAGAGCAAAGUGGUCUGGCUAUUGACCACUUGCUUCUGAUGAUAGAGGAAGCAGCAGCGUUUCAUCAAGAGCAAGAACAAGUGGGGAUCUUCGCUUCGGUGCAGGUACAAGAAGAAUCUAGGAUUACGGCUCAACUGUCAUUGGUCACUGAGGUUCGAAGUCAACAUGGAAUAUCGGAACUUUCAUUGGUCACUGUAGUUGAGGUUAGUCACUGAGAUCGAAGAGGUGCCUCCACCUUUUCGUUGUCGUGUUGCCCUUUACAGGUGACUUUCUGGCAGUGAAACUUUGAUAAUCAGUGACCACUUCUGACUAAUGACCUUUAAUACGAGUCCUAGGGGAAGGAGUGCAGGCAAGAGCGUUCCAGGCAUCGAUGUGGCCUCUUUCGGUGAGCGUGGUGGUGAUGUUCCGGAUGACGCUGGAGUGCCUGGGAGAAGUAUCAAUUUAUGGCAGUUUAACUUUAAUUAGGCACCAGUUUAAUUUUAAGAUUUUUGACUAAGUAGUAGAUCUAAAAUGAUUUUCAUAGAGGGUACUAGUUAAGAAAAUGAAAAAUGCGGAGUUGUAGGAGUAAACAAAGGAAAGUCUUCGUCUAAUCAACAUGGCAUCUCCAACGAUUCAUAGCAAUCCCAUGAUCCAGGGAUCUGCAACCACAAGCCCUGCAGGUAGAGCCACUCUAGCUAUGGUUGGCGGUCUUGCAAGUCCUGGUGCUUUUUUGCCUUCGACGUCAUUGGGAGCAAUAGCGGAAGGAACGGGGGGAGGAGGGGCGUCGACUUUAGGUAUCAUGAUUGGUGCUUUUAUAAUCGAUUUAUUGCAUAAUUUCUUGCUGAACAUCAAGUAGGUAACGUCAUCGUUGAUGUAACCAAGGUUAUCGCAUGGUUGUUCUCUUGCUAGGUGUCUUUUACACUUCCGAAGCGCCAUCUUCAACAGGUGUCCCCUCACCGUCCUCGCCUAUGCGAAGUGCGACGUCGCAGUUUUCGCCUGCUUUCGGCAGCUACCUAUCACAACUCUUCACAGCGACACACAACUAUCCACAGAAGGAUGUGAUUGGAGAAGAGUUAAGAAAAGGCUAGUCAAAAAUAAGCUAGUAAAUAGUCCCAUCGACAGUUUCGGAACACUGGUCAGGGCGAAACUCCAUUCCAAAACUAAGCUAGUAAUUACUUACUAACUAAGAAGAAGAGUUAAGAAAGGGCUCGUAAUUACGUUGAAGACUUGCUAGAAGAGAAAGUAGAAGAUCUCCUCAGUUUUAUUCAACAUACAUUGAUCUCUUUCUCUACCCUUACUCUUGUUAACUCCUAUUCAAAAUUUUUUAUCUAACAAUAGAGGUGCUUAUGGCGAAGCGAGUAUCAGUUUUCCUUUUUCUUUCUUCAUCUUUUCUCCUCUCUCCCUCGGGAAACCGUACAAAGCCACAUAGAGGUGCUUACGAUUAGCCUCCUCAGGCUUAUUAUUAUCUAACAAUAGAACAUGAUGAACAGGCCACGGCCAGUGAGAUAGCUACUCCUGCUGUGCCACCAAGGAAAGGGAAUGCGUCGAUUGCAAAGAUGGGCACAAACUCAAAAGGCGGCGUCGCACCAUUAGCAAAACAAGCUGCAGCAUCCGGUCGUGGGCGUGGUGCUUCAGCAGUUGGCCUUGCCGCGAAUAAGCAACAGGGUUCGGGUUUUCGUACAUCUAGUAGGAAUACUGCCGCGACCAUCGUUGGAGGUCGUGUGACUGCUACUUCGACGAUUACAACGAAUAGAAAGAAUCCGAUAUUGCCACCCAUCAAAAAUGCAAAUGCGGCUACUUGUACAACAGGAGUCACGGCAUCAGCCUCUGCAAUUAAAAAAGCAGCUUCUUCAUCCUCCACUAACAAUGCGACAGCACCAUCAGGUGGGCCAUCGUCUUCCUCGGUGAAGCAAAAGACAAACAAAAGUAGUACAUCAUCUUCAAGUGCUGGUAAGUGUGGUCACCACAAUAUUAAGGUCCCCUCGCCUCCACCCAAGCCCAACAGCCUCCCAGUCCCUACGGACCACCCAGUAGAUGAACAUGAUCCAAUGCUAGAGGGUAGGGACCACCCAGUAGAUGAACAUCCCAUGCUAGAGGGUGUCCGGAACUUGCUAGAGAGUCCACGAAGCAACGUGGUUUACGCUGGCGCGUCCUUGAAAAUGAGCCAGUUACUUAACGCAGGUGGGAGCCCGGAUGAGAGGAGCGGUUGAUGGGGAAGUAUCACAGAAGCUUGCAGUUGGAGUUGCACUUGUUGCAUUAUUUGAUAGCUUAGUAUAGAGUGAAACAAUUUGUCCAGCUAGUAGCUGGAGGGACGACUCAAUAUAAACUGAAAAUUUAAGGUAUGCAACAGUGACUCACGAACACGAAGUGCGUUUCCAUGAUGGUCUUUCUAUGCCGAGUAGCAGGAUGAAGCGUCCCGAGCAUGAAGAGAC